GCAACAUUUGCUCGCGCCCGAUCCUCUUGAUCUUUCCUCCCUCCCUCUAUUUCUCGCCUUAUUACGAUUACGAACGUAAAUAAACGAAUCCAAAGUCGACCUAGACGCUUCAAAGCACCCAAGAGAAGUACAAGAACACAAUGUCGGACCUCGCCGCACUUCUCAAGCAGUCCCUCGAUCCCGCAACACGCAAACCCGCCGAGGCUCAGCUAACGGACCUCACCUCUCAGCCGGGAUUCCUUCCCGCGUUGCUCGCCCUCGUUCUUGAUUCCGCUCAGGAUGUGCCCAUCAGACUUGCAGGGGCAAUCUACAUCAAGAAUAUCGCGCGUACGCGCUGGGACGAGGACGUGAACGGGAUGCCAGAGGCGGACAAGGCUGCCCUGCGCUCCCAGCUUGUCCCUGCCCUGCUUGCACUCAGCGGACCCAGGGAUCGCGCGAUCCGCGCCCAAAUAGCGGAGAGCGUCGCUCUCGUAGCAGAGGUGGACUUCCCGGAUAGAUGGCCUGAGCUGAUUGAUCAUCUUGUCAACUCGCUUUCGCCAACAAACUACACGGCCACCAUCGCCAUCCUCGAGGCCUCGCAUGCCAUCUUCUCUCCCUGGCGUUCCCAAGUCCGCUCCGACGCCCUCUUUACCACCAUCAACAUCGUCCUCUCCCGCUUCGUCGAGCCCUUCAUCGCUCUCUUCCGCCACACCGCCAACCUCGUACUCUCCCCUGACCCGAACGCUGCCGCGGCGAGCGCGGGGGUGAGCCUCGAGGGCCUGGCUCAGGCGCAGAUCCUUCUCGUGGAAAUAUUCCAUGAUUUGACGUGUCAGGAUCUUCCGCCUGCGAUUGAAGACUCGCACAAGGAGUUCUUCGACCCCACGCAGGGAUGGUGGAUCCGGUUCCUGCCAUGGGAUCCACCUCAGCUCCGGGUGGACGAAGACGAACCAACGCCAUCGCUACCAGCAAAGUUGAAGACGAGGGUAUUCGAGCUUGGCGAGCUCUACAUCAAGCUCUACCCAGAUCUGCUGCAGCAAGGCCCAUUUGUCGAAGCCCUCGUUCAAGGCGUCUGGACAUUGAUCGGUGGAGACAAGGCCAAAGGUGUUGGCGACGACAGCCUCGUCUCGCAAGCCCUCCACUUCAUCUCCACCGCCCUCCGCAGCGGCCACUACACCGCCCUCUUCUCCGCCCCCGAGACGAUUCCCUCGCUCAUCCGCGGCGUCGUCCUCCCUAACGCGGCUCUGCGCACGCACGAGGUCGAGCUGCUCGAGGACGACCCGCUCGAGUACGUCCGGCGCGACCUCGCCUCGGUCCCCGGCGUGCAAAUCGCCUCGCUCGGCAUCGGCGGCGGUGUCGGCGCGGGCGGGUCCGGUGCCGCUGCUUCCGAAGGCACGCGCAGGCAGGCAGCCGCGGACGUGCUGCAGGCACUCGUCAGUGCGGGCUUUGGCACGGAGACGACGAGCGUCGUGGGGAGGUUCGUCACGGAGGGGCUCGCUGCGUAUGCGGGCAAUCCGGCGGAGAGGUGGCAGGCGAAGAACAGCGCGGUGUUCUUGUUUGGGGCGGUUGCGGUUGGCAGCGGGAGUGUGCAGCACGGCAUCACGUCGACAAACUCCCAGGUAGAUGUCGUGCAGUUCUUCUCGGAGAACGUGUAUGCGGAUCUCGAGGCCCAGCCUGGCCAGACGCACCCUGUCCUUCAGAUUGACGCAAUCCGGUUCUUGUUGAUGUUCCGUAACCAGCUAACAAAACACCAACUUCUCUCCGUACUACCGCUCCUCGUUCGGCAUCUGAGCGCGGACAUGUAUGUAGUAUACACGUACGCGGCCAUCACGAUCGACAGGAUACUUGCCCUCAAGCGAGAAAACCGUCUGCUGUUCUCCCAGGCCGACAUCCACGAAGCCGCACCGGAGCUGCUCAAUGCCGUGCUGGCAAAGAUCGAGAAGGCCGGCACGCCAGAAAAGGUCGCGGAGAAUGACCACCUGAUGAAAUGUGCAAUGCGGGUCAUCGUGACGGCGCGGCAGACGCUGACGCCUGUGUACCAGCAAACGCUCCAGAGACUCGUGCAGAUUCUGGGCACGAUCUCGAAGAACCCGAGUAACCCUAACUUUGACCAGUACAUCUUCGAGAGUAUCUCGGCGCUCAUACGGUUCGUUGUGGCUGGGAACCCGAGUACACUCCCUACAUUUGAGCAGGCGCUGUUUGGGCCAUUCACAUUCAUCUUGCAGCAAGACAUCGAUCAAUAUAUCCCCUACGUCUUCCAAAUCCUCUCCCAGAUGCUCGAGGGACACGCGACCGGCGUGCCCACCGAAUAUCGCUCCCUCCUCCCCUUCCUCCUCACCCCCGCAUGCUGGCAAGCAAAAGGCAACAUCCCUGGCCUCGUCCGCCUCCUGCGCGCGUUCCUCGCCCGCGACGCCACCGAGAUGGUCCGCCAGAGCCAGGUUGCGGCUGUCCUCGCUGUCAUCCAGCAGCGGCUCAUCCCAUCGAAGAUCAACGACGGGUGGGGAUUCGAGCUGCUGCAGAGCGUCGUCGAAAACGUCCCACCAGCACAGCUGAAGCAGUUCUUCCGGCCGAUUAUCGUGGUCCUGCUCACACGGAUGCAGUCGAGCAAGACGGACAAAUAUGUCUAUCUGUUUUCGUAUUUCUUGCUGUUCUGCAUGGCGAUCGACGUUCAGGGCCUCGGUCCGGACUACGUCAUCUCGACAGUCGAAGAAGUGCAGGUUGGGCUGUGGUCCCAAAUCCUGGUGAACUUUGUCGUCCCGCAGGCUCCGAUCGUGCCCCACAGGGACAGAAAAGUGGCCGUCGUCGGGUUGACGCGGAUGCUAACGCAAAGCGAGAUCAUGCUUCAGGGCACCAACGUGCAGGCCUGGCCACAAGCAUUCGCAUCCCUCGUCAAGCUCUUCGCAGAGCCCCAAUACCUCAAAAAAGCCUCCGAAGACACCAUCCAGGGCGCCGAGGCCGGCGUCACCCAGAUCGACUUCGAGGAGCAGACAGCCGGCUACCAAGCCGCGUACUCGCGCCUCGCCGCGUCCGAGGCGGCGCAAACAGAUCCCGUCGCGUACGUGCGCGACCCGCGGGCGUUCGUGGCGCAGGCGCUCAACGCCGCGCCGCCCAGGGUCCGCGAGCUGCUCGGCGCGGCGGACCAGAGCGUCGUGGGGCCGUUCUUGUCUGGGCUCGCGAACGCUGCGUGAGCGCUGGGAGGUGGGGAGAUGAUGAAAAAGGCGGAUUAAGUCUGUUGCGCUUCGGUAUGAGUUCUGCGUUCCGGUAAUGACUUUCGUAUAUGACGUAGAAUAGUGUUCAGUACUGACAUGAGAUGUUGGUUUCGUUCGCUGCCGAUCAGAGAAAAUGGUGUACUCAUCUCAUUGUUACAUGCUUGGGUGAUUCGUGCUCAUGCC